GGAUAAGUGCCGGACUGCGACAAGUAGGAGCAGGACGUUUCAUCCACAGGAGGAUGAAGUGUUGUUUUAUGUAAAAAUCAUGUUUAGACGAGGUUAUUCUCAUUCAAGAACUUAAAAAGUACUUCAUUCAUAGCAACCUCGUGUCAUCUCCUUCGUCUUUUUAUUUCGACCAUACAUUGUCGAGCAAUAAGAAUAACCUUUCAGAUGGACCUCCACAUCAGACGAACUAGAACUAGAGCCCAUGCUGCCUCGUGCUGUGACAUUGUCGCGUGUGGUGCCAGUGGAAGAGAAAUAGAAGAAUUGAUACUUACUACUUAUUGAACCGACCUUCAACUUCCAUUUCGCACAUAAGAAAAAGAGUACAUCAUAGCACGAACAACAUGCAGAUGCUCCAGCAGAUUUUUCGGCAACAGGAUCAUGCUGGCAGUUCCCCGACGGCCUCCGCGACCGUCGUGCAGCAGCAGCAGCAAUCCCGCGGGAGGACGCGCCACCGUGCGGGCGAUGCGACAGAAACUACACAUCAAACACAGCCAGACCUGCUGCAGAACACGACCGUUAUCAUAUCCUCGGGUCGGCCCGCGAACGUUCCGCCCAUCAACUUUGGCGAAACAACGAAUGUUAGUAGCGGCGCAACAGGUUCGGUAUCAAAAGGUGACCAUGCAGUACUGCAUCACCAGAACAAUAACCCUACUAACAGUGAGGACGAGCUGGACAGUUUCGUGCAACUGACGCCACCCGGGGGUGAUUUUGGCGGCACGCACUACGAGAAGAUUACAACGACGAGUUCUUACGUCCCGGCCGGCGCCGGUUCGUCCACGACCUUGUCCAACACCCCGCCGUUUCCGGGCGCCGCGCCGCUGACGUUCGGGUCGGUGCUAAAAUCCUCCUCGAACGAAAUCAACGCACAAGUCACGCCAACGAGUAACGGGAGCAGCAGCGUGGCAGCUUAUUAUACUGGAGCGGGGAGUGUGCCAGCAGGAGGUGGUGGUGGUGCACCUGGUACGUCUAGUAACGUCGCAAUGAAGGACUACUACAACGGUAGUAGCGCAACCUCAACGCCGACGAAUGCAAGGACGGUAAAGCAGGACCACGUGAUCAUCAGCAAGUCCAUCCGCACUGUGUCGCUGUCCCCGCAAAACCGCGGGCCUUCGAUCGUCAACAGGACGACCCCCUUGCACGUGAUGAACAACUCGACUUCAGUGAGUGGGCUGAGCAACAACGCUGGCCAAAUCCUUCCCCUCCAGCAGCAAGACCCGGGCUUUUUCCACCCGCGGCGCGCGAACGCGUUUGCGCAGGAGGCGGUCGAGCGACUGCGGUCGGCCUCGCUAGAACAGAACAGAAAGUGGAUGCCGCCAACAGUGCCGGCAGCCGUUUCACGAACAGGGGACGGGAGGCUGAUGGUGAAUAGCAGUCUCGCGACGCCCAUCAUGCCGAUAACAGGUCCGGCUGGAGGGAAGAUAAAAUCCGUGAGCUUUCUGCGAGUGGGAGGCGAGCAGCAAGUUGUAGAGGCCGUUGCACAGCAGGAACCGAUGGCGAUGGCCGGAGCGGCGGGUGCCGGCGCACCGGUCACGCGGAGCAACAUUAAAGGUGCACCAGCAGCGGGGAAAAAUAGCAAUAUGUUGAGAGUCGCGCCAGUAUCUCCUGAGGGGGAACAGCAGGGCCCUCUGAUUAUUUCUUCUGGGGAAGAGCCGCAACAGCCGGAGCUAGACUUACAACGAGCGGCGCGCGCCGCACCGGGAGGUACUACUGUUGGUGCACAACAUAUGAAACAGCAACCUCUAGCCGGGCGCGUGCCCAGCCCAAUGCUGGUGCGACGGGGGAAUCAUGUGAGCCCGACCGAGCUGGAACAAGCGCACAACACGCAAUACAUGAUGCAGCAGAAAAUCACGCAGCCAGGACUCGUCGCUGUAGGUGCUUCAUCUUCUACGAGUGCUCCCGCUCCCUCGCAGGACUUGUACCAGCAACACGCGGAGUUCAUGAAGAUGAAAGCAGACACUGCAACAGCAGCUGCCGGCUCAGCGCUGAGGCAAAACUACUACUCGGGAGCUCCUACGGGCGGGGCAGCUGUUCCAUCCAGUAAAAUAAAUGCGGCUCCUUCUAGCUCUACUGUUGGUGGUACACGGGUGGAGAAUAAUAAAGAAACUUUCGAAGUUGUAGACCAACAGCUGCUGCGGCAGGAGAAGCUUAUGCAAGAAAAGGUGAAGCACCAAGUGAACAACUAUUCCCGCACGACAGAAGUAGUGGAAGCCCAAUUGCGAGAGGAGAGCCUCUUGCUGCAAAAGCAGAAAGAGCAGUACUUGAGCCAACUGGAGCUGGAACUGAAAAAUCGAGAAUCGGACGUGAAACUAUUGCAAACGAGAUUGCAGGAACAGGAGAUCGAAAAGCAGAAGCUGCAGCAGAACGCACAAAAGGAAAUGGAGAACCUGGAGCGGGAAGUUCAGCAAAUGAACAAAGUGCUAGCGAUGCAGAAAAUGAACACGACUGCUGCUGCUGUUGAUGAACGCGAAAGAAACGUCGAAAAGGAACUUCGUCAGCAGGAGACCACUGCUCUCGAACAGCAGGAGCAGGCUUUGAAAGCCGAUUUCGACAAGUCGUUGAAGGAAAGGCUCCAGGAACAGAAAAAGCAGUUGGAGCAAGCCUUUUUUAUGGAGCUGAACAACAACGAGCAGGCGUCUCUGGCGGUCCGGAAGGAUUUUGAGCGACAAUUUCUGGAACUGGCCCGGAAGAUCGAGGACUUGGAGCAGAAAGAGCAGAAACAGAAGCAACUCGCGGAGGACUACGAGGAGGAGGUGACGCGGCGGCAAAUUGAGCUGGAGAAGGCCUACAAAAACGUGGAUCUCGCCAACCAGAUGUACCUCUCCCAGAAGGAGACGGCGGACCAGUUGGGGGAGCAACUGGCCCGGCAGAAGAAGCAGCUCGAGGUGGAAAAGCAACUGCACGCGAAGCAGCUGCAGCAGCUGGAAGAGAAAAGAAAGGAGGACUUUUCUUCGGAUGUACAAGAGAAGGAGGCGUAUUUGCAACAGAAAGAACAGGAGCUGCAGGACAGCAAGGACAUGUUCGAGCAACUGGUGGAGAAGGUGUCUUAUCGUUUGUAAAAACGUCCCCACCCCAGAGUUGUCAUGCAAAUUUGCAUGCCAAAGAGGUUUCUCAUGCGGAGCCCCAUGAGGAGCAUUUUCUAAUCGCGUUUGGGAAUUUGUGAUGCUAAAAACAGCAUGAUAUGCCAGAUCUGUGAUGCUGCUGAAGUAGCUAAACAGGAUGACACUGCGAUGCCAAACUUGUCAUGCGAAACAAACAAAGCUGGUUGAUUUGUCUAGCAGACUUCCCAUCUUGUUGACUCUGGUAUGGGAACGCUUUUCCACAGGAUAUGUCUGAGGAGAGAUUCGCGAAGGAGAAGCAGCGCCUCGUCACGGAAAUCGAACACCUGGUAUCAAAAGGAAAAAUCCCCGCUCCCCAUAUCGAAAAGGCAUCCUUUUGAAAAUUUGUGAUGCUGAUUUGUGGUCACUAAUCAGGUCUGUCUUGCAAGAGAGCAAAGCCAGAGCUUUCGCCGCUUUUUCACGCAGGCGAUUUGUAAUGCUGCUGCACCAACAGGGCAAACGUCUGCCAUGCUGGGCGCCCACCUCUAGCCAGCCCCUUCCGGGCCUUUUUUUUGCCUGCACUCCCAUACUGCAAGACAAAGCUGAUUUGUGUACACAAAUCCCGCAACACAGAUUGCCACUUUGAUAUGGGGAGGGGGGAUUUUUUCUUUCGAUACCUGGAAAAGAUCGACCAGGCGGCGGAGAAAGAAAUCAACCGGCUGAAGGAGCGGGAGCGCGACCUGUUCAAAAAACAGCAAAACCAGCAGAACCACUUGGAAAGCUUGAAGGAAGAACGGGUCGCGCGGAAAGAGGCCUUGCGCUUGGUCCAACUGGAACUGGACGAAACGAAGGAGCAGUUGAAGAAAGCGAUGAAGAAGCAAAACGAGCAGAACCUGCACGAAAGCGCGCACAACCAGGAGCAAUUUUACUUGAAGGAGAAAAUCACGAGUUUAGAAGAUCUGCUCGAGGAGCUGAAGCAGGAAAAGCUGCAGCAGGCCGAAGAAGUGAACCAGUUGAAGCACCAGCUGAAGCAGAAGCAGAUGGAGAUCACCGACAUCCAGGGGAAGCAGAAGGCGAGCGAGAGCACGCUGGAAACGUUGAAGCAGGAAAUGCGCAAGCGGGAACAGGACCUGGAGCAGCUGUUGCUGGAGUACGCGGAAGCGGCGCAGCUUGCGGAUCGGAAGUGCAAGGAAGUCGAACAGAAAUUUCAAGAGUACAAGGAAACGGCGGCGCUCGACUACGAAAAGAUGAAAAACCAAGCAUCGACGGAGUUGGAGCAGUACAAGAGACAAGCGAACAUCGACUACGAGCAGCUGAAAGCGGACCACGAGUCCGCGUACGAACGGUUGAUGAACAAAAAGAACGAACUGGAGUUCAAGCUCGCGAAGUUACUGCAAGAGUUGCUGGAAAAGGACCAGGAUCUGACGAAGACCCGGAAGGACUUGGAGAACAAGCAGGAGGAACUAGACGUGCUGGACUACAACAAGACGGCGGAAGUGCACCAGCUCGAGUACGAUAUUCACAGAAAAAAACUCAUCCACAUCCAAUUUGUCAUGCAAAACAUACAAAAAAUUCUGUGUUUGCCAUGCAAAAAAUGGAUGUGGAUGGGUUUUUUUCUGUGGAUAUACGAAAAGCGGGAAUUGCAGCAAGAGGUGGAGAAUUUGAAAAGCAAAAUCGAGCAGAUGAAGGAAAGCUUCAAGUCCACCGAGGUGGAACUAGCGCAAUCCCAGCUCGACCUGCGCGAAAUGCAGUUCAAGCACCAGGAGCAGAACUGGCGGGGGCGAGUCUCGACCGGGAACAUGGUGGCCAGCGGGAAAAACCUGAAUCUGUUCGAUCCGUCCGGUGGAGAUGAGAACGCGGGAGGUACUGGUUUGUUCGGGAGGAACGAACAAAGCGGUGUGACUUCCCACGAGUUGGAGCUGCAGCAACAGGCGUAUGUGGAGAACCAUUUGAAGCAGCUCAUGUCCGAGCUCGAGAGCAGGGCUGCCGUGAUCCUAGACCUGCGCGUCCAGCUGCAGCAGGCCCAGGAAAAGGUCAACUCCUUUCCAACGACCACAAGCCCCAACUCCGCCGCAAGCUCUUCAGCGACGGGAGGUGGAAACACGGGCAGAGGGGGGGGAGGUACGUAUGAUUUUUUAUGUGAAACUGCAUGUAGACGUGUUGUUCUUGGUGCAGCUUUCGUGAUCGAAAUGUCUCAUGUCCUGCUCUUGCUGAAAGAUAAAGAGAAAAAACUGCAGACCUACUCGUUGUGCAAUUUCUGAUGCGCUGAAAUGAUAAAAUGAAAUCCGAAUCGUUCUGGCAUAUUCUCAUCACAUGACCAACCACAGACGCCCUUUCUGACGACCCCAACUCCAUCAACCACGAAGCGCGGUGUCUCGUGUUAGAGCGUACCAACACCGAGCUGCAAACCCAGCUUUCCGAGCUCCGGGAUGUCCUCGCGUACGAGCGGGCGAAUUUUGAGAAACGCGAGAAGCAAAUUCGGAUGGGAGCCGCGAACACCUCUCGGCCAGGGUCCAGUUCUGGCCGACAGAACAUCGGCGGGAGCAUUUUCGAACUUGGGCCAGAUGGAAGCUUGCUCGCAACCGAGGAGUAUGUGGAGUGAGAUCUCAAGAACAAAAAGAACGACUUUAAGUUUGAACUUUUCAUAUUUCAUUUGACACGUUUUUUUAGCACUAGACUACAUCUAACAGCACCGCUACGCAUCCUCAUCCAUUAGUCCUUAUUCGGGCGUACCCCGCCCCGACAACAUUCAGAAAAAAGUUCGUAUUUUGCAUUCGAAGAAAAAUAAAAAAGCAUUUACGCUUGUGCAUCAAGAAGUAUCAGAAUUCUACCCAUGAGAAUCCAAUUACCGUCUACCCACUUCGAGUCGUCGAUUCGACCGGAUACCCUCCGGAGUGAAGGCGAAAACAGUGUAUGAUUUUGAAUUUGCUGUGUUAUCUUCAUGGCUAAAACUCACAAUUCACAAUAUUAGCGCGCUUGCGACUUGUUCAUUCACAACUGUAAGUAAGAUUUUGACUGUUUUUGUCCGAAUACACUGGAGGAAGCACCAGAUCCAGACACAGGAG